UUCCUCUGUUUCUGUCAGCUGUCAGCUGGUGCCGGUUAAAAUAAAUAAACCUUUACUAACUUAAAAAAAACCCAAUUGAAUUCCUUUAAGUGUGGAUUGCAAACUAUAAGAUGUCUUUUAUUGGACGCGCAUUGCUUCGAAACGUGCCAUUGCUUGGCAAGAGUAUUCUGGGCCAGCAGAAGCAGGCUGCCCGCCUCCUGCAUCAGACUGUUCCAUUGUGCACCGUUCGCGUGCAGCAGCCAGCUCCCGACUUUAAGGGAUUGGCCGUGCUGGGAAACAGCUUCCAGGAGGUCAAGCUGGAGGACUACAGAGGCAAAUAUCUGGUGCUUUUCUUUUACCCGUUGGAUUUCACAUUUGUUUGCCCCACCGAAAUCGUUGCAUUUAGUGAACGCAUCAAGGAGUUCCAGGACAUCAACACUGAGGUACUGGGCGUGUCCGUCGACUCGCACUUCAGCCAUCUCACCUGGUGCAAUGUGGACCGCAAGAACGGAGGCGUGGGUCAGCUGACCUAUCCGCUCCUCUCCGAUCUGACCAAGAGCAUCUCGGCCGACUACGAUGUGUUGCUGGAGAAGGAGGGCAUCUCGCUGCGCGGCACCUUCAUCAUCGAUCCCAAUGGCAUUCUGCGUCAGUACUCGAUCAACGAUUUGCCCGUCGGCCGCUCUGUGGAUGAGGUUCUGCGCCUGAUCAAGGCCUUCCAGUUUGUGGAGCAGCACGGCGAGGUAUGCCCGGCCAAUUGGAAUCCCAAGACAAACCCGGCCACCAUCAAGCCCGAUGUGGAAGAGUCGAAACAGUACUUCACUAAGCAUGGUUAAGAAUCGGCCUAAUACAAGAUAUUUUCUACCUUAACAUUCACCAAACACAAACAAGAAAGACUCCAAUAAUAAAGCAAAGGAACCAAUCGAAUUCACCCUUCGUUGGCUCGUUGAAAUCUCCGAUCUGGUAGUAUAA